AUGACGUGUCGGCGCGAGUGCGCGGUGUGCCUGGGCGAGUACGCGGCGGGCGAGCGCAUCAAGGUGGUGCCGGCGUGCGCACACGGCUUCCACGCCGACUGCAUCGACCUCUGGCUCGCCGCCAAAACCACCUGCCCCAUCUGCCGCCAAGACCUCGCUCCUGGUAAAGCCUCCAUUGCUCCCACCAUCAUCCCCAUCACCCAAGCAGCCUUAACGGCGGAUGUUAUUGCAACCAACGGAGGGGUAGCAGAAGGAACGGGGGGUGAGGGAACAUGGGCAGGGCCGGCGCCGCUACACGAAGCAGCAGCUGCAGCAGCAGCAGCAGCAGCAGCAGCAGCAGCAGCAGCAGCAGUGCGAGAUGAGAGAGCAACAGAACCAGCAAUGGAAUCAGCUGUAGGAGGUGAGAGAGCAGCAGUAGCAAACACAGAGCCACUCCUGGUCGCUGAGGGAAGGAGGUGGGCGGCAGAGGCAGACUGA